UCCAGCCAUGGCGGGGGGCUGGCUCGCAGCACCCAAGACUACCGCAAGCUUUUCUACGGCGCCAACCAGAUUGACGUCCAAGUGCCUUCCCUCGCCCACCUCCUCAUCAGAGAGGUCCUGAACCCUUUCUACAUUUUCCAAGCCUUCAGCAUCCUGCUGUGGUCCCUGGAUGAUUAUUACCUGUACGCCUCCACUAUCCUCUUCAUGUCCUUCGUCUCCAUCUGCUCCUCUCUCUAUACCAUCCGGAAGCAAUACGUCCUGCUGCACAGCAUGGUCGCUGCCCACAACAUCAUCCAGGUGACAGUCUAUCGGGGGCCCUGCGAGACGGAAGCCAUAUUUUCCACGGAGCUGGUGCCGGGGGAUGUUCUGCUGGUGCCUCCCGAGGGACUCACCAUGCCGUGCGACGCGGUGCUGCUGAGCGGGACGGCCAUCGCCAACGAGAGCAUGCUGACAGGGGAAAGCGUCCCGGUUACCAAGACGUCCUUGCCUGUCCCGGCCCAGGGAGCCAGUGGGCCCCUCCAGGACCCAGAUUACGACCCAGAAGAACAUAAACGGCACACGCUCUUCUGCGGUACCUCCGUAAUCCAAACGCGGUACUACUCCGGGGAGCCGGUACGGGCGCUGGUGAUCCGGACAGGUUUCUGCACCUCCAAGGGGCAGUUGGUUUGCUCCAUCCUGUUCCCGAAGCCCACUGACUUCCGCCUCUACCGAGACGCUUUCCGCUUCCUCCUCUGCCUGGUUGGCGUGGCUGGAAUCGGCAUGCUUUAUUCCGUGAUUCGCAGCAUUCAGCAGGCGGAGCCCGUUGGCCGUAUUGUGUUGGAAUCCCUUGACAUCCUCACCAUCACGGUGCCCCCUGCCUUGCCAGCGGCCAUGACAGCUGGGGUGGUGUAUGCCCAGCGGCGCCUGCGCCAGAAGCAGAUUUUCUCCAUCAGCCCCCAGCGGAUCAAUCUUUGUGGGCAGGUCAACCUGAUGUGCUUUGACAAGACCGGCACCUUGACCGAAGACGGGCUUGACUUCUGGGGGUUCGUGCAAGCGCAGGAGGGUCGGUUCCCGAUUCCCUCCCGGCGGGUCCCACCUUCCCUGGCCCCCCUCUUGUGCUGCCCCCCUUUCAUCCCCAGCAUGGCUCCCUGCCACUCGCUCACCACUCUGGAGGGCCGCCUCUCGGGGGACCCCCUCGAUCUCAAGAUGUUUGAGGCCACCGGCUGGAUCCUCGAGGAGCCCACUCAGGAGGAAACUGCCCUGCACGACCGGAUCCAGCCCACCAUCGUGUACCCCCCCGACCGCCGACUCCCAGCGACCCCAGAGGCCCCUCCUGGGGAUGAGGAGCUUCUGGACCUGAUGAGAGGCACCCAAAUCGGCAUCUUGGUGCAGUUCCCCUUCUCCUCCAGCCUCCAGCGCAUGAGCGUCGUGACCCGUACGCUGGGCGAGAAGCGCCUGGUGGCCUACAUGAAAGGCGCGCCGGAGACGGUGGGCGGCCUCUGCCGCAAGGAGACCGUUCCAGACGAUUUCUCCUCAACGCUGGAGUCCUACACGCGAGGAGGGCUGCGGGUCAUCGCCCUGGCAAGCCGCCGGCUGGAGAGCAAAUACAUGUGGCACAAAAUGCACCACGUUUCCCGAGAUGCCAUCGAGCGCAACAUGGACUUCCUGGGGUUUGUCAUGCUGCAGAACAAGCUGAAGCCGGACACGGGGCCGAUCCUGGCUGAGCUACGGCGGGCCGGCAUCCGCGCCGUCAUGGUGACAGGAGAUAACCUCUUGACAGCCGUUUCCGUGGGCCGUGAAUGUGGCCUGAUCCCGGCCAAGGGGAAGGUGGUUCUGACUGAGGCCCUGCCCCCCAGGGACGGGCAGCCCGCGACCAUCCACUGGCAAUACGCGGAUGAGCUCCCCACGCUGGAAGCGGUGAGCGAGGCCGACAAGCAGGGGCCUCAGGAGAUUAAGCUGAUGGUGGAUGGAGCAGACCCCGCUCCUGCUCCCCAGCCGGGCGUCCCAGAGAUCAGCUACCACUUUGCCAUUGGCGGAAAAUCCUUCUCGGUCAUCCUGGAGCACUUCCCUGACCUGCUGCCAAAGUUGCUGCUCUGCGGCACCAUCUACGCCCGCAUGGCCCCCGAUCAGAAGACCCAGCUGGUGGAGUCUCUGCAGAAAAUGGACUACUACGUGGGCAUGUGUGGCGACGGAGCCAAUGACUGCGGGGCUCUGAAGCGGGCACAUGCGGGCAUCUCCCUCUCCGAGCUAGAGGCCUCAGUGGCUUCCCCAUUCACCUCCAAGACUCCCAGCAUCUCCUGUGUCCCGGACCUGAUCCGGGAGGGCCGUGCUGCCCUGGUGACGUCCUUCUGCGUCUUCAAGUUCAUGUCCCUCUACAGCAUCAUCCAGUUCCUCAGCGUCCUGCUCCUCUACUCAAUUCUGGGUAACCUGGGAGACGUCCAGUACCUCUUCAUCGACAUGGUGAUCAUCUUGUCUCUGGCCUUCAGCAUGAGCCUGAACAGUGCGUGGAGGGAGCUGGUCCCCCAGCGGCCACCCAACAGCCUGGUUUCUCCGCAGCUGCUGCUCUCGGUGCUCUCCCAGAUCCUCCUGUCGCUCGCCUUCCAGGUGGGGGCCUUUCUCCUUGUCCAGAGGCAGCCAUGGUACCGCCAGGAGGAGGAGAGCUGCGGCCUCCCCACCAACGGCACCACUUUCCCAAACGCCACUGUGGGCCCAGAGCCUGGAGGCCGUGACACUGACUCUGUGCGCAGCCACGAAAACACCACCCUGUUCUUUGUCUCCUGCUUCCAGUAUGUGUUUGUGGCCCUCGCCUUCUCCAAGGGACGGCCCUUCCGGCAGCCCAUCCAGACCAACGGCGUCUUCCUCGGCUCCCUGGUUCUCAUCUCCAGCUUCUUGCUUCUCCUCCUGCUCUGGCCGCUUCCCGCCCUGGACAAGUUCUUCCAGCUGGCUUGUAUCCCCUACAAGUGGCGACUCAUCCUGCUGGUUCUGGCAUUCAGCAAUCUGGUGCUGUCCCUCUCCCUGGAGAACUUCGUGUGUGACUGCGACAUCCUGUGGCAGCGGGUUUGCUACAGAAGGCAGAACUAUGACUACCCAAAUCAGGCCACCUGUCCCCAGCUGGAGCUGGACGAGAUGGCCCCUGGGUACUCAUGCUGCCGGCAGGCUGUUCCCCGGGCCAAGUACAAGCGGCUGGCGCAGGAGCUGCUCUUCGACCCGGACUGGCCUCCGCAGCCAAAGACGAGCACGUGGGCUCGGGUUCCUCCUGCCGAGAGCCACGCGUGACCCGGCCCCUUCCUGGUUGGGGUCUCGGCACAGAAUGGCCCACCCCCGCUGCCAAAGCGAGCUCCCCAACGCAGGAGGAAGAGAAGUGCCCAGGGAACUGCGGCUCCUUGUCUCGCCUAAACCGGGACCGAGCAGCGACACCCGCUCUCCCCGCCCAGGAAUUCCCCGGAACUGGGUUUUCCGCACUAUGGUGUGAGCCCCCUUGGAGGAGAGAAGGCCUGGGGGGUCCCUCUGCAGAAGAGCCUCACUUGCGGGCUGUGGGCCUUCUGAAUUUCCUUCAGCUGAAUCAAGAGAAAACAUUCUGUGUGAAACUUAAAUGACUGCUGAUGGCGGGUGGGGGGAGGCCCCAUCGUCCCGCUGCCUCUUCCCUUUUCUGCCCCUGCCUCAUUCUGGGGGUUCUGCUUUCCCUUCCCGGGGAGCCCUUCCCGCCACCUCCCUUCCUUUUUUGGUCCCCCCUCCAGGGGAUGGGAUGGAGCCCUCCUUUUUGGGACGGGGGCCUCCAGCACAAUCAAGAGGUGGUCUUAUAGUGCG